GCAAAACAAUCACAUAUAUGUGACUGUCGCUGCUGCAUAUUCAUUCUAAUUUAAAAUCAGUUAAACUUUGUGGAAGUUAUACUUGAAAAUCCUCCAAAUAUAGAGAUGGGCAGUGAAGAAGUUAAAAGCACGGAAAUGCUACGAGAAAACGACUCUUAUGAGGGGUUGUCACAAGAUUCCCAAGCCGAGAGUCAGGAGAGUACCGAGGCGACUUCAGUAGAUGAGCCAUAUCAGAGCCAAGAAUUUUUACAGCGGAAGUUAUACUUUCUACUAGAACAACUGAAGAAAAUGCACGCCAGUUUACCAGAGCAAUACCAGAUGCGGAUUUCAUACGAACUGCUAGCAGGCUUAGCCAAUUCUUUACAGAAUCACACAAUCUUCGAAAUAGUGAAAGGGCUCAUGGAAAUUCAACAUGUAACCGAGAAACAUUUGAUGCAAGUUAGGGAGAAGGUGGAAAAUGAUCACCAAUUGGAAAUAAAACAGUGGGAGUCAAAGAUUCAAGAUCCUGAAGAAUUGGAACACAUUGUGGCCCUGAUGAAAAUCAAGCACAAUAAGAACAUGAAGGAGACAGACAUGAAGCUAGUGUUGCACCUGGACCAAAAAGUCAAAGACCAACAAUCGACGCUGGAGAAAGCUGGUGUUCCCGGAUUCUACGUAACCGAUAACCCAAGGGAAAUAAAGAUACAAAUGUACUUGCUGGAUUUCAUUCUGCGCUUGAGCAGGAUAAAGUUCGAUCCGGCGAAAAAGUACGAAGUAUCCUGUUGAAAUCACUUUAAUUUAUUCCAAAAUCUGUGUUGAACGCAGAUGUCACUAUUAGUUAUGAUUGCUCUUUCCUGUGGAAACUAAGAAAUAAGUUGAUAUUGAAAUUAAAUGAAACGUCAUAAUGUGGUAAAAAUCUAUGAAUAAAUUGAUACGACAAAUA